AUGAAACAUAGGCAAGAGAGAACUUCAUUCAGUGGAAGCGUUCAGCUAGAAUCCGGUCGGAAGAGCACCAUGUUGGAGUAUGUGGUCAUCGCGGCCGUGGUGGGGAUCAUCGUCUACUAUUUCAUGACCAAGGUACGUUCACAACAUCAGAACAAGCUUAUUCUCAGGCUGACAAGCAGAUCGCCCUCGGCUAUGAGAUGAACUCAUUGAAACAGGUGAGUGUUUUUGCCUCUUUUGUCUAUUAUAAUAUUGUAGUAGAUGAAAGAGAUUUUUAGAAUGAGGCGGAUACGGCCAAAGUAGUGACGGAUCGAUUUGCCGCCGAAGCAGGUGUGCCGAAGACGCCAACCGAGCCAGAAACGCCGGCUCCAGCCGGGAGCGCCGAGUAAGUGAAAUAUUGAUGGAGUAUACUGUAAUGUAUAAAAUUAUUUGUUAACUUUAAAAUUGGACGCCUUGAACAAAGCUGGGACGUUUUUACACGAGUACGAGCACCGUCCCAGUUUUUGGAAAUGUAGAAGUAGUAACUCAAAAUUAAACACUUUCAUCGUAUAAGAUGUCACCUUCGAUGACGUAUGCCAUUUUUAGAGCGGAGAAGCACAAGCACCGCCACAAACACCACAAACACAAGAAGAACAAGAAAAGUAUGACACAUGGGUUGUAUUAUUAUAUUACUCAUCGUACACUCAUCUUGAAAUUGCUAAUUACAGGCAGCUCCAAGAGAAGAAAGCACAAGAAGACCAACCCCACCCCAGACGUUGGGUCCGGCUCCGGCCCAGUUGCAGCUGGCGCUCCAGGUGCGCCAGCUCCUGGACCCGCUCCGGCGGUUUAG